AAACUUACGAUUAAUAGAAAUCCGAUAUUUGAAUCCAAUGAUAAAGCUAAAUUCAGAAAAGUCAAGAGAGAACUGAGCAUAAAGAAUGAUCUAAAUCUCAGUUUUGGAGAAGGAGAAAGUGCAAAAACAAUAUUGGGGAUUGUUCCCACGAGUCCAAGGAUCGUUUUGAUAUAUAGUGCUCGAAAAAUGGAGCUAAAACGAGAAAAAUUGAAAUUGCAAAAUCUGGUCGCGGGUCCUCCGCAGCCGCAGGUCACUGACGCGGCCACGGGCGCACAGAGUUCCUCAGGUUUCACGUCAGUAUAUAUCGGCCAUUUUUGGCAACUCGUCAAGAGAUCUGUGUGCCUUAGUAAUCAGUGUUUAAUAAUUUUGAACUUUCUCAAUGUUCAGAUGCCGCCACGUAGGGAACCCGAUCAUCCGGCUCCUACUCAGGCUACAGUAGUCGCCCAGUUCCGCGACUAUCAUGCCGAAAAGUUCUCAGGGCAGGGAGAUCCUCGCAUAGUAGACGAAUGGAUUCAGGGCCUGGAGUUUAUCUUCGAGGUCAUGGAGUGCCCUGAGAGAUAUCGCGUUGUUUGCGCUCAGCUUCAGCUCACCGGUGAUGCCAGGCUCUGGUGGAACGCUUACUGGAGCAUGCGUCCUGGUGAGAAGGUGGGAUGUACGUGGGAGAUGUUCAAGGAGUUAAUCCGCGAGAAGUACUAUCCCACAUACUACCGAGCAGAGAUGGAGCGUCAGUUUCUAUCGCUCCAGCAGGGUAUUCGUACUGUUGACGAGUACGAGAGGGAGUUCACUAGACUUGCAGCUUUCGCUCCUGAUUUGGUCUGCACGGAGGCCCAGCGAGCACAGCGUUUCAUUGACAUGCUUUACCCAGCAUUCCGUCAUAACAUCGUAGGCCACGGGACACAGACGUACGCACGUGCA